UCUCCCCAUUAAAUCUUUUCAGUCUUCUCUAAUCAGCCAUGGGCUCUGAUGCAGAUAUGGAGGACUAUGGAUUCGAGUAUUCAGAAGAGGAGCCUGAAGAGCAGGAUGUUGACAUCGAGAACCAAUACUAUAACUCCAAAGGCUUGGCUGAAACAGACCCAGAGGCAGCACUUGAGGGGUUUGCUGAAGUAGUUCGUAUGGAACCUGAGAAGGCUGAUUGGGGAUUUAAAGCCUUAAAGCAAACUGUUAAGCUUUACUAUAAGCUAGGGAAGUACAAGGAAAUGAUGGAUGCUUACAGAGAAAUGCUAACCUACAUCAAGUCAGCAGUGACAAGAAAUUAUAGUGAAAAGUGUAUAAACAAUAUCAUGGAUUUCGUCUCAGGAUCAGCUAGUCAGAACUUUGAUCUCCUACAAGAGUUCUACCAGACAACAUUGAAAGCCCUUGAAGAGGCAAAAAACGAGAGGUUGUGGUUCAAGACAAAUCUAAAACUUUGCAAAAUAUGGUUUGACAUUGGGGAGUAUGGACGAAUGAAUAAGAUUUUGAAACAACUCCACAAAUCUUGUCAAAAAGAAGAUGGUACUGAUGACCAGAAGAAAGGUACACAAUUGUUGGAGGUAUAUGCAAUAGAGAUCCAAAUGUACACGGAGACGAAAAAUAACAAAAAACUGAAGGAACUAUACACUAAAGCACUUUCAGUCAAAUCAGCAAUCCCUCACCCUAGAAUAAUGGGAAUAAUUCGUGAAUGUGGAGGAAAAAUGCAUAUGGCAGAGCGGCAGUGGGCAGAGGCAGCUACAGACUUCUUUGAAGCUUUCAAGAACUAUGAUGAAGCUGGGAAUCAGAGGCGCAUUCAGUGUCUAAAGUACUUGGUUCUGGCAAAUAUGCUGAUGGAGUCUGAGGUUAACCCCUUUGAUGGCCAAGAAGCAAAACCGUACAAAAAUGACCCUGAGAUACUGGCAAUGACUAACCUUAUAGCAGCAUAUCAACGAAAUGAGAUCUUAGAGUUUGAGAAAAUUCUUAAGAGUAAUAGAAGAACAAUAAUGGAUGAUCCCUUCAUCAGAAAUUACAUUGAAGAUCUUUUAAGAAAUGUCAGAACCCAAGUGCUGCUGAAGAUCAUUAAGCCUUACACAAGAAUCCGGAUUCCCUUCAUUUCCAAGGAGCUUAAUGUGCCAGAAAAAGACGUCGAGGAGUUGUUGGUCUCACUCAUCUUGGACAACCGUAUCCAUGGGCACAUUGAUCAAGUGAACCGGUUGCUAGAAUGUGGAGAUAGAUCGAAAGGAAUGAAGAAAUACGCUGCCAUCAACAAAUGGAACACACAACUUAGGUCUUUGUACCAAACUGUUGGCAACAGAGUAUGUUGAUAUUAC